AUGUUUUAUGCAAUUUAUCAUAUUUUUCGGCUUUCGCCGACAAUUUAUUUAACACUAUCGUUGCAGCAUGAUUAUAAAUCUAAAUCGGAUCAGGAACUAUGUGAGGUUGUUCGAAAAUACAAUAUUAAUGCACCUCGGAAGGUGGCAUUUGCAAUUGUGACUCUCUCUAAACGCUAUGGAAUGGCAUAUGUUGUGGAUGGAGAAAGUUUGGAGAUGCGUUUGGAACGUGUUUAUCGGCAAGCGUGCGCUAGGCGUCGUUGGUGGGUAGUUCGUUACUGUGCUGCAAAGCUCCGAAAAGUGACAGAUUCAUUAGCACCUGGUAUAACGAACAUGCUUGUUAGAGGAAAACAGAUUAUUAUUGGAGUCAGUAGUUGUCAAGAAAUGACCAUAACAGCACCAACAGCCCCGGAUCAAAUAGCUGAUGCGCUAUUCGGUUCAUAUCCAGAAAAUGAACCACAAGUUGCUGUCCUACAGCAGGAGCUUAUCAUUGCAUGCUCGGAUUUAAUAGCACAGAAGCCGUAUGUAUUUGAUGGUGUGCUGACAAUUCGAUUAGCGUGGUUGGCGCAUGCGAUGUCAUUAAUGCUCGAUUAUAUGCGAAGUGUAGGAAGUAUGAAAAAAGGUUCCGUUAUCGGAAUGCUUGAUAUGUCAAUUUCAUGGACACAAGCAAACAUUAAUGCGGAGCUUGGUAAAAACUCAAGUAUCUAUGACCUCUCACCAAUCGUUGUUAAAGAUGUUGUUGCAGCAUUGUUGACAAGAAAAUAUUGGCACUUACUAACCCCUUUGCAAUCACGACGUUUGAAUGGUUCACUAAAUCGUGUACCACCUAGCUUCUAUGAUAGCGUUUGGAAAAUUUUAGAGCGUACGCAAGGUGGUAUCGUCAUUGCUGGACAACAUCUUCCUCAGCAACCAACAUUGAGUGAUAUGACACCGUUUGAACUGACUUUUUCUUAUAAAAUUGAAUCUAUGAUGAGUGCUAUCGAACAUCCAGAAUAUCGUCAGGUUCUUGUGGAACUGUUAUGUAUCAUUGCUAUUAUUUUGGAACGAAAUAGCGAGCUGGUAUUCAGUGAGAAGCUAGAUUUAGAUCAGCUUAUUUCCACAGCCUUUCUGCAAUAUUGUUCAGACUACGAAAUUGGAGAUAAGAAUGAUAUGACUCCCUUCUAUGAAUUAGACGAUUCUAAUUUAACAAGGAAUUCAACAGUUAAUUAUUUUGCUCGAGCUGUAAUUGAUUCAUUGUUGAAUGGAAUAUGUGUCAAGCAACGGAAAAUAACUACCUUCAUGCCAAGCGAUCCGCUCUCUUUUGCGACACCCUCUAAUUCCGAGCGAUCUGAUAACCAAGGAUAUAAUAAUUGCUUAAUCAACUGA